GAAAACGAUUUAACUGCGUUCUGAACAUUCCAAAAAAAAUUUAAUAUAAUCGUAAAAUGACAGGAUCUUUCGGGUUAUCGGUUACUCCCUUGCAAGAACCAGAUGCCUGCUAUCCAGUUAGCAUGCAUAGCAUGCAUGAAGCUCUCGCCAACUACUACCGUAAAUGGUUGAUCUGCAAUGUGUUUCAUUAUUGUCUAAUAAAUGUUCUGCUUUCUGAAAAAUUACAUAUAACGCAAUCAGGGAAUCGCUUAAUGUAAUACUGUAAUUUUUACAAUUUUAUGAGAAGGUGCAUGCUAAUCCCUGCUAGCAUGCAUAGCAUACAUUAAACCUUCAUACACACCAUUGAAGGAAAGAACUGAGCAAGAGUUUAUUGAAUACUGAAUAGUUUUAUAUCGAUGAGAACAUAGUGGGGGGAAAAACGGAACUUUUCAAACUAAUUUUCAGUCGUUCAGAAUAUUUGGGUUUCUGUAUUCCUACAGAUAUAUAUCACUCCGCCUCGUCUGAACGUAGUAAAAGCACAGAGGGCGGAGGGAUACGGCUGCGCUCUCACAACACACAACCAGCCUCAAACGUGUUCUUGGUGCUAAAUGCUAACAGCAGAAAUUCUCUGUAGUUCAUAUUUUCAGUCUUCAUUUUUUAAAAUCUAGACGUUUAGUGGUUUCAAUUUUAAUGGAAUAAACAAAUAGUUAUCAUACUAAAAGCAAAGAGAAGGUAAGUGCACGCGAAAUAUUAUUGUUAAACGUAUAUCACACAGAGUUUAUGAAGUGAAAGACUUAGCUGUUCGGCUAGCUUUUAGCUUCGUUAGCUCAACCCCGAACUGGCUCAGGAAGGUGGGGGCAAGAUUGUGCAUGCAGGGAGAGCCCUACGCGUCUGCUGCAAAACACAACAUUGCCAGUGAUUUUCAAAACCGCACGUCAGGAUUAUUAGACUGAAAGUGAGGAGUGGAAGAUGAUGGAGGUGGAGACUGCGGCAGGAAGUGAUGACGAUCAUCUGAUGGAGUCUGAGGAUCAGCUGGAAAACUUCUCUCCAGUGAAGCUAAAAGAAAAGAAGGAGCAAAUGGUUAAAGCAGUGUGUGCUUCAUCCACUGCGGCGAAUCAUGAGUGGGAGAAAAGCCCUGAACCAGUGAGGAUCAUCCACAUCCCAGCCCAACCAGUCACCACAACCUCCGCUCCCAUCAAGACCGUGAAGCCUGCAGGAUCGACUUUGGGCUUCACGGUCAACGGUCGGCCGAUCCACCUGCCGCCUGGAGGUGGCGGUGCAGAGCUGAAGCUUCACUCUCACCCUGGAGGCUCAGCCAGCGGCUUCACUUCGAUCCAGAUCCCCGUCACUCUGACCCUCAGCAGUCCUCUGGGGACUCGCUACAUUUCCACCUCAGCCUCCCUGACGGCCUCCUCUUCCUCCACCUCCUCAUCCUCCUCCGCUCCUCCUGCUGCUGCUGCUUCGUCUCUCUCAGCGCUUGAACCCAUCCCCAUCAUCACAGGUAUUGUCUCGGGUGAGGCGGCCCAGAAGGUUCUGAAUGACCACAGCUUGAGGCUCAACUCCAGCUCUAAGAAGACAAAAAAAGCUCCGCCGGCUGCUGGAGCCCCGAGACCCAAGAAACCCCGACCCAGCAGGAUCGCAGCGCCCGACAAGCUGCUGCGAAAAGGUGAGAUUGGUGCUGCCACUCCGCCCGACUGUCAGAUCUGUAAAUCUCAGUACAAACUCAUCACCGAGCUGCGAGGCUUCAUGUGUAUGUGCAGCCGUGCAAUCGCUGAAGCUCUGAUCAAUCUGAGAAGGCAGAAGAUCAAACGCCGCAGGAGGGAGAGAGAACGAAGAAAAGCCUUGAAGCUCAGCAAAGCGCCUCCGGUUUUCCACAGAGACUCUCCGGUGCAACCAGUUCUGUCUCCUAUUAAAGCCCUCACUCCUCCGCGGAGGAUUCCUAAAUAUUCUGGAGACGUCCAGUCGGAGGAGCUCAGCAGCCCCACGUCUCCAACCCUCAGCCCCCCAACGCUGGAGAAGUUCCUACCAGCAGAUUAUCCUCCCAGUAAACUGGUGAUAAUGGUGGAGGACUUCUUCUAUGGUCGCGCCCCUGGAUGCAGCACGGAUAAAGACAGCCUGGACGAGAAGUUUGGCGGGGUUUUCCACUGCAUCCACUGCUCAGCCGUUCUCAGCAACAACAUCCAGUUGAUGGACCACAUGCAGCAACACGUCUCCAUGUUGUCUCAGGAAGACGGACAUGUUGACAGUGUGUCCACCUGCCCCCACUGUUUCCGUCAUUAUCCGUCUCCGUUCAGCUUGGAGAGCCACAUAAAAGACGUUCACACCCAGAGCGACUCAGCAGUGAUAUGUAAGAUCUGUGAGCUGGCGUUCGACAACGAACCUGCCCUCCUCUGUCACAUGAAGAGCACCCACAAACCAGGAGAGAUGCCCUACGCCUGCCAGGUGUGUGAGUUUCGGUCGUCCUUCUACUCCGAGGCCUGGUCUCACUUCAGAGAGGUUCACUGUGACACCAGGGAGCUGCUGUGUCAGUACUGCCUCAGAGUUCUGCACAGCAACAGCUGCUACCAGCAGCACGUUGCCCGCCAUCAGAAGAAACAGACACUCAGCUGUGAUAAGUGUCGCCUUCACUUCCUGUACGUUAGAGAGCGCGCCGAGCACAAAGCGCUGCAUCAUAAAACUCACGUCACUCCGCCCCAGCUGAGCGGACUCAAACCUGGAACCAAGGUAACAGUCAGGAUGUAUUCUAUAAUUGGAUCUGAGAGGAAGGAGGAACUGGACAAAGUUUAUAUUCCCUCAAAGGUGGUCGAUGUGGCUCCUCCUCUCCUCGAACUGGAAGGCACCAAACAGAGGCCGGUUGAGCCUUUGGGUUCGCUUCUGUCUGGUUUGAGCGCCGACAGCGACUUUGACCCGUCUCAGCGCUGCGUCGAGUGCCUGAAGACGGUACUGGACCUGGAGAUCCAUUUCCCAACACGAGUACACUGCUCCUUCUGCAAGUUCGCCACAUGUUGCUCCAACUCCUACGCCAACCACAUGAUCAAUAAUCACACCACAUGGAAAGACCCUCAGUUCCCAGCCGUCUUCCAGUUUAAUCCAAGGUUGCCCCAAGCUUUAAAAUGUGAUUCUUGUAUGUUUUCCACCUUCAACGGGGACGCGAUGGCCAAUCACGUGACGCAGAAACCGGAUCACGUUUGCAUCAUGUUAACAGACGAAGAGAGAAGUUCGAAACAACCUGAGAAUCAAACGUCUGAGAAUCAAACAUCCACAUCUGGGAAUAAAACGUCGACGUCCGGGAAUCAAACGUCCGGGAAUCAGAUGUCUGUGAAUCAAACGUCCAGGAAUCAAGUGUCUGAGAGCACCCCUGUCAGUAAGAACCUCAGAAAUCGUAAUGGCGUCUUCGUCCCGAUUCAACUCGUCCAAAAUGGACAGACGUCCCCUCAGCUGUCCGUCAAGGCUCUCAGCGACGCUUCCUCUCCGCCUUUCAGACCCGCCAUGACCAUCAAGAUUAUGGGGGUUGGAAAGAGGGUAGGUCCUCUGUCCCACGACCAGCUCUGCGUCGUCCUCUCCUCUUUGUGUCACGGUAUAAACGAGACCGCUCGCCUUACCAACGUGUCCCCCACCACGAUCCGGUCCUGGAUCGCGUUGCAGCAGCGCGGCCUGGCGCAGAGGAGGUGGGGCUGGAAGACGGACAAGAUGGCGGAGUGGGUCCUGAACCGCAGGGAGCAGCAGCUGAGCGUGACGGAGACGGUUCUGCUGCUGACGGCCCGGGCCACGCUGGGCGAGAGCACCCAGGUGGAGGACUGCUACAGCUGGACCAUAGACUUCAUGCUGAGGCACGACCUGGGCCUGCAGACCACCAACAACAACCGGCUGAAGAGCAUCCGGGAGAACAGCAGCAGCUUCAUCCAGUCCAUCUACUCACAGGUCCAGAAGGGGGCGCUGCCUCUCCACUGCUGGGGCUGCAUGGACGAGCUUCCCGUCUUCAUCAACUCGGACCUGUUCUGCAAGCAGCUGGCGUCCGCCUUCCAGCUGUUCGGGUCGCCUGAGGACAAGCCCGUCUUUGACGUCGUCCUGUCCGCGCUGUCGGACGGCCACCUCCUGCCCCCCCUGCUGUUCUUCAGAGGAACUGCGUCCAGCGUCCCGGACGGUUUCCCCGACAACGUUCUGCUGGAGGCCCGGGAAGGCGGGUUCAGGGACGAGGAGCGCCUGCGGAUCUGGGUCGAUAAGGUGUGGCGCCCUUACGUGACCUCCAGAUCCGGCGACAGGUCUCUGCUGGUGAUGGACGUCCACCGCGGUCACCUCAGCGAUGCGUUCAGGGACCGUCUGUCCGCCAUCAACACCCACAUCGCCUUCAUCCCCUCAGGAUGCAGCUGCCGCCUCCAGCCGCUCGAGAUCUGCGUGACGCAGGUGCUGCGGGAUUUUCUGCAGGCCCGGUGGUCCCAGCUGGUCGCUGAUGGAGGUCUGGACGGGCUUGGACUGGACCAGCUGGCUCUGACGUUGGCCUGCUGGCUCAGUGAAGUCUGCUCCACUCUGAACGCCCAGACCGACGUCCUGCGCAGGUCGUUCACGUUAGCAUGCAGCCUGCAGCACCUGGAGAACCAGGGAGAGGCGGCGAGGAUGAUCACAGCUCUGACCGAAGUGCUGACCCAGCCGCUUGACUCUGGAUCACCAGAAACCAGACCAAAACAAGAGCGUUUACUGGAACGGACGCCGCCGCUGCUGGUGAUCAAGGAGGAGAAGACAAACGGUUGGGAUGAAGAGGAGAAGCAGGCGGAGGUCGGCAGCCUGUCCGCGCUGCGGCAGGUGUUCAACAGUGAGAGCGACGCUGAAUCGUUUCACGGCUUCGCCGACGUCUGAUUCUGCACCACACAUCGUAUAAACAAACUGCUGCACCCGGAGCCUCUGAUACGAUUUAGAGACACUAAUAAAUGCUACUGAUACAAAGCUAGUCGAAGAAAAACAGGAAAUACUGUGUGUUUUUAAGGUGGAAAAAACUUUAUAGAUCAUUAAUGACAUUGGAAUGUAAAAAACCAGUAAUGAUCAGAAACAUAAUAAAUCAUGAAAAAGAACCCAAUAUUUAUUCUGAAACUCAGAAUGGAAACAUGAGUCUUUUCACUGCAUAAUUAUUAACAAUGUAAAGUUGUAACUCUGCCGGGAUUGUUUCUCACUGCUGCUUUGUAAAAGAAACCUUAUUUUUGUUACUUUUUUACUGUGACAUGAAUUAUGUGAUGUUUUUUCUAGUAAAAUAAAGGAAGUUAUGUCCAAAUUGA